AUGGCCGAUACUAUGGUGGCAACCGUUCGCUCACCACUAUCAGAAGCAUCGAAUCGAAUCAACUCGAAUUAUCCUACUCAAGAAAGUCAGCGCCACAAGCCGCGUUAUGACCGCCCUAACUCGUUGGUUGUCAACAACACCGGACGCACAAACCAUGGGCAUCCGACGGCAUACUUUUCUGGCCGAGCUCCUACUCAACAGCAGCCUACAGUCUCAGCACCUCAAGAGCAAGCUACUUUAAAGCCUCCCAGUGAUAUGGACGAUGAACGUCGACAUUCGGCGGCAUCUUACGAUUCUUCAGGAAGUGGCCGCAGCAAGAAGAACUACAAGACGCAUAUAGGGCCGUGGCAGCUAGGCAGGACCCUUGGCAAAGGCUCAUCUGCGCGCGUAAGAUUGUGUCGCCACACAGGUACAAAUCAGCUGGCUGCCGUCAAAAUUGUCAACAGACGGAUGGCGUAUCUUGUCCAAGAUAGUAGUUUGGCUGCUCUUAGCAAGUGGGACAAUAAUCUCCCAGAUCAGAUCGAUGGCGAGAUGCGUGUUCCCAUGGCUAUUGAGCGAGAAGUGGCAAUCUUGAAGCUCAUCGAACAUCCGAACAUCAUGAAAUUAUAUGAUAUUUGGGAGAACCGCUCAGAGGUGUAA